GAAACGGCACGCGCGAAGCCCAACUGCGCGCGUUCUGUCAUUCGAGUGCAGUUCACCGGCUGACACUGUGGAAGGAACGACGGCACCUCAGGAACCAUAAAGGGAACCGCCACCCAAUAGGGGGCUGUUAAUUUUUUUUUAAUCCGAGAAAGUCCAGGGGGAGAAGAAAGAUGUCGGACCUACGUCCAAAAUGGGACCAUAAGGCCGACUAUUUCUUCUCUUGCGUUGGACUUUCUGUUGGACUCGGCAACCUGUGGCGGUUUCCAUAUCUUGUGUACCAGAAUGGAGGAGGUGCGUUCCUGUUUGUAUACCUGAUCAUACUGCUGAUCGUUGGGAAGCCGAUGUACUACCUGGAACUGUUCACAGGCCAGUUCAGCAAUACUGGUUCCAUCAGCGUCUGGGCCGCCUUUCCGAUGUCGAGAGGUAUCGGCGUGGCGAUGUGUAUAGGCUGCUUCUGCAUGUCCCUGUAUAUUAACAUGUACAUCGCCUACUCAAUGAUAUACAUGUACCACUCUCUGGGAGCGAGGCUGCCUUGGAGCGGAUGCUACGACUGGUGGCAUGCAGACACCAGAGUGUGCUAUAUUCGAAAAGCUGGUGUCACGACAUGCAAAGCUGCUUCCAAUCGUCUCUACCAGCGCUUCAAGAACCGCAACAUCACGUUCGGCGUCUCCGUAAACUCGAGCGAAAAGACCAUCUUCGUCCCUCAUCGAGCUUACAGCCAAGAGAUGACUGGAUGCGUGAAUGCUACCAAGUCAGCCGCUGAACAUUUCUUCUGGGAUAAUGUGCUAGAAACCAGCCGUGGCAUCAGCGACUUAAAACCAAUGAAGCUGGACCUGACCAUCAGCUCGUUUAUUGUGUGGCUUCAAAUGUACUUCCUCACAGCCCGUGGCAUGCGCUGCAUGGGAAAGGUGUUACUCGUGACGGCGACGUGCCCGUACAUCAUGUUCCUAGCCAUGCUCAUGAGGGGAGUGUCCCUAGACGGCGCAAGUGUCGGCGUGUCUGUCAUCUUCAUCCCGAACUGGAGGAGCAUAUUCACCUUGGAUUGUUGGCGCACUGCGAUUGAACAGUCGGUAUUGUCACUAGGCAUUGCCACCGGGUGCGUUAUGGUAUUGGCCAGCCAUAGUGACUUCUACAACGACGUUUUUCAAGACUCUUGCUUCAUCGUCAUCUUGAACUUCAUCUGGGGCCUCCUUACCAGCACAGCCUUCUUCAGUGUGAUGGGGGGCGUUGCUUCCAACCUCAACGUCAGCAUAUCUGAACUCUAUCCCGAGGAAAUGCUCAGCAUGGCGUUUGUGGCCUACCCGGAAGCCAUUGGGACACAGGCCUACCCUCAGAUGUGGACCAUGAUCUUCUUUGUGGCGGUGUUCCUCAUGGGUUUGAACAUGUCCAUGAUAUUGAUUCAGACUGUGAUGUCGGGCAUCCUGGAACAGUUCCCAGAUUACCGAGAAUUCAGAAGUGAAGUGACAUUGCUGUUCUGCAUCGUGGCUUUUCUCAUAGGACUGCCGUUGUGCACGCCGGCCGGUCCAUACUUUAUAAAGUUCCUGGAGACCUACUUUGGCGCCCCUUUCUUUGUCAUUGCUGCGCUAAUUGAAGUCCUCUCGUACUCCUGGGGUUAUGACUCAAGGAGACUACUCUUCGACAUUGAGUUCAUGUUCACCAUGGCGCCAUCCAUCUUGUACAAGAUCCUGUGGAGCUUCCUGACGCCCCUUCUGCUAUUCUUAGCUCUCGUGGUGCACGUCAUGCAUUUCGAGUACACAACGCUGGAGUCGUACAAGUUCCCGAUGUAUUCUGACCUCAUCGGCUUCUUGCUGGUUGUGGUAGUCUUCUGUCAAGUGCCGCUAUGGGCUAUCAGCUGGGUGCGCGAUAAGGAAUUCAAAAUCGACGAAGCCAUCCAACCGGCGUACACCUGGGGACCCGAAGACCCCGCUUUGUUCAACGCUUACCAGGCGCGUCUCCGGAACCGAGGCUUCGUUCCUAUGCACUCUCCCUUUCCCGUGCGGUUCGUGGUACCGGAGCCGUCGGCCAAGAGCAAAACGAUGCCCGUCAUCUUCGCGGCCGAGCCGGUGAGGGUACCGUACGCUGAGAGGCGGGGAUCGGCAGCCGUGGAGCAAGGUCCAACGGAGAGGGUGUGGACACUGCCACCAGACUUGCCCGCUCUGGAUCUUUCAAAUCUGACGAUUCCAUUGCCCAAAGCUGGGCCGAGACCGGUAGCUGACUACUUGCCGCCUCCUCCGCAGCAACAGAGGCCAUCCAUCCAGACUGUGCCAGCAAUUCUACAACGCAUUCCAGCGCCUCCGAGACCCCAAGGACCGCAAGUGCACAGCUUCCUACCAACCUUGUUCCCUAACAGUCUGGGCCCCCAGUUCUCACAGUCCCCUAUGCGAUUCGGUCUCCUGGGACGCCUGUUCCAGAGGCGCCCUCCAGGCGAGCCGGACGACGUGGUCAUGGCCAACAUUCCCAUGGGUGCUCCCAGUUCCAUUGUCCGACUUGGUCCAGCUUACCCACAACAGCCGAGAGAUCGUGCUCAUUCCACUUCCUCAGAGCACUCUUCGUCGUCAAAGAAAAAAUGAAAUGACGCGGGGUACAUCGUGGCUCACCACAAUAAAUGCGCGUAAAGUGCUA